AUUACUCGCAAGCGUUGAGGAAAAAGUUGAGGAUUCGAUUUCCAUGGAUGUGCGAAAGUCGCUGUGCGAUAUUGCAGGCGCCUGAUGCGAAAUAUUUCUGCAACCCAUGCGUGCGGAAAUCUCAAAAAAUUUUCGCCCGCCUGCGGCGGGCCAUCAAAUCGCCCCCAUCCCUGACAGUGAGCCCACGGCGGGUUUGCGCCCGCUGCGGCACGCCAUGCUGGAAGUCGAGAUAUCGCUAGUAGACACGACCGAAUUGCUAAUGUUCACAUUACAUAAUACCUUGCUAUAAAGCGCCACAACGUGCGGUAUUCUGUCAAGAACCGGCAAGAAGGACAUGGUUGACCACACCGUCUCUCUUUGUGCUUUAAGCCAGCGAAUCAUGAUGAACGUAUGAUUUUUACUGAUAACAGGCCUUCGGGCCUGAGUGGCAGUGCUUGCGGUCAGCGGCGAGGAGGAAAGGAUUGUAUGGAGGACUUGUGAUGCCGAUGGAGAAGGAGGAGGAAGCCAAGGAAAAGGCUGGUGGCGAUGCCCCCGAGCCAGGCCCCCAACUGGCCCAAAGGACAGGGGAGGGCGAUGCAGCCGCAGACUUCCACCGGCGUUCGUCGCCAGCGUUGCCGACACAGUCGGUCGGCAACCGCGACCUCGGUCACCAACUGGCACUCGUCAAUAUGGGGGUCGGCAUCAGCGCGCAGGCGGGAAAAGGCGAGGAGGAUGACUCCAGUUGGAAGCAGGAGUUGCGGGACUGGUGGAGGCGCAUAAACAAAAAUGAUGCGUCUUUCUACAUCUGGUCGCCGGACAACCUGUUUCGAAAGGUGCUUCAGUGCAUCGUGGGAAUGCCGGGCUUCGGUCGACUGGUGCUCUUCCUGGUGUUCUGCAACUGCGUGACCAUGGCCAUCCAGCCUCCGUGCGCCGGCAGCGGGGGCUGCGCGGACAGCACCUUUGCGCGGGCGCUCUUUGUGCUGGACACGGUCUUCACGGUCUGCUUCACAGUGGAGAUCCUCAUGCAGGCCGUGGCGCACUGCUUCGUGCUGGGGCCAUACGCCUACCUGCACGACGGCUGGAACUGGAUAGACCUGCUGUCCACCGCGUGUGGGUACCUGGUGUUCCUGCCUGCGGCCAACGGCGGCGGCAUCAACGGGCUGAGGGCGCUGCGGGCGAUGCGGCCGCUGAGGGCGCUUAAAGCAAUCCCAGGCCUGCGGCUGCUGGUGCAGUGCCUGCUGGAGCUGGUGCCGCUGCUGAUGGAUGUGCUGUUCCUGCUGGUGUGGGUGUUCUUCGUGUUCGGCAUCAUCGGCCUCAACCUGUUCAUGGGCGCCCUCCACCACCGCUGCUCCGCCGUGGUCAACGCCACCUCCCUCGAUGCAGCGUACGCGCUGGUGGCGAUGGCAGCAGCGGCGGCCGGCGGCGGCGAGGCGGACGGGUAUGGCGGUGUGCCGCCGGCUGCGCCGCCGUUGGCGCCGCCGCCUGUGGCGCUGAACGGGAGCGAGGUGCUGCCGCAGUGGCUGGUGGUGGUGCCGGGCCUGGAGAACCAGCCGUGCUCGGAGUCUGGGGUGUCGGGUGCCUACGUGUGUGACGACACCUGGGAGGGCUACAACGUGACGUGCGGCGGCGAUUGGGGCAACCCCAAUUUUGGCUACGCGGGCUUUGACAACUUCGGCGUUGCCACCUUCAACAUCUUUGCGGUCAUGACGCUGGACGCCUGGAGCGAGUCGCAGCUGUACCCGCAGUGGUACGCCAACGGGCCGCCGGUGCCGGUGCUGUUCUUCUACGCGCUGGUCAUGUUCGGAGCCUUCUUCACCAUGCAGCUGUUGGUGGCCAUCAUGAGUUCCAAGUUCGCGCAACUGGCGGACAAGGCCGUGAGCCAGCCGCCCAGCCGCAGCGUCACACGCGCCAACCUGAUGCUGGAGGAGACCGCCGACCUUCGUAUGAGCGGCGACGGCACCGCGCCGGCCGACCCCAACGGCACCGUGUCGGCCUUCGCCAGCGGCGCCAGCACGCCCGGCGGCCGGCCCCGCUCCGCCUUGUCCGUGGCCUGCUGGCGCGGCGUGCGCUCCGUGGCGUCGGCCCUGGACCGGCUGGACGCGCGCUGGGAGGCGCUGUGCGCGGCCGUGUCGCGCGGGCUGUACAACUUCAAGCUGCGCUACAUGCAGCCCGUGCACCGCGUGACGCUGCCGCCGUGGCGCCGGCGCUGUCUGAAGGUCGUGAGCAGCGCCUGGUUCAACAACGGCAUGACGGCGCUCAUCAUCGUCAACACGGCGGCGCUUGGCAUGGAGCACUACGGCAUGAGCAAGCAGUGGCUUGCGGUCAUCGACCUCAUCAACAUGGUGCUGACGUACAUCUUCAUCGCGGAGCUGGUGCUCAAGCACGUGGCCAUGGGCUUCAUCCGCUACUGGACCGACGCCUGGAACAUCCUGGACGGCUUCAUCGUGGCCGUGUCCAUCGCUGACCUCAUCGUGGUGGCCACAGGCGGCAGCAAGACCGGCACGCAGGCGUUCCGGACGAUGCGUGUGCUGCGCGUGCUGCGCUCGCUCAAGCUGCUGCGCCGCAUCAAGGGGCUGCACCGCCUGCUGCGCAUGGUGCUGCGGGGCUUUUACACGCUGCGCGACUUCAUCCUGCUGCUGGCGCUGUUCGUGUUCGUGUUCGCGGUGCUGGGCUUCCAACAGUUCGGCGGGCUGUGGAGCUUCACUCCCGAGGCCAACCCACUGUGGCCGCUCAAGAGCCGCUCCAACUUCAACAGCAUGUGGUCAUCAGCCUACACCGUGUUCCAGAUCCUGACGUGCGACGACUGGGUGCGCAUCACGUGGAACGGCAUGCGCGGCGGCGGCAACGCCUCGGUGCUGUUCUUCAUUGCCUGGGUCAUCAUCGGCAACUUUAUUCUGCUCACGCUGUUCCUAGCCAUUCUAAUCACCUCCUUUCAGUCCGACGAGGAAGAGGUUGUGGACGACGUGGAGAAGGUCGAACCUAGCUUUGCCGGCGUCGACGGGCCCUCCUCUGGCGUCAGCAUCGGCUCCAAUGCCAACCGCAGCGGGCUACGGCACCGCGGCGUGGGGGGCAGCGGCGCCGCGACGCCCCGGGGCGGCGGCGCCGCCGCGGGCAGCGCCUACGGUGGCAACCGGCGGCGGCCCGCCAACGCGCUGCAGCUGCGUGUGCGUGAGCGCGUGAGCGAGCGGCUGGACCCGGCCAGUGUGCGCAUCAUGAAGCGCUGGCUGAUUAUGAUGGGCGUCACACACGGCAUGAAAGAAGAUGAGGUGAACAACAUCGUCCGCGAGUGCGACGCGCGCCUGUCCCACGACCCCGACUACAUCAACCGCGACACCUCCUUCACAGCGCCGCACCUGCUCAACCGCCGCGCGCUGCAGCAGGCCUCGCUGUCCGCCAGCCAGGCCAGUGCCGGCGCGGGCGGCGGCGGCGGCGGCGGCGUGCCGGCAAUGAAGCGCGGCAGCACGUUGCGCCGCCACACCGCGGCUAUCCAGGAGCUAGUGCAGGACCUGCCCACCAUGCCCGAGGACCGGGUGCCCAGUCACGCGCUGGCGGGGCUGCCGGCGGCGGCUGCCGCCGUCGUGGCGGCGGGCGAGCUGGGCGUGGCAGUGCUGGUACGCAGUGACGGCGAGGGCGGCAUAAGCUCUGGGCCAGAGGAGCGCGCGGCGCGCGGCGGCAGGGCGACGCCAAAGCUGAGCCGUUCCAUGACGGCGGAGCGGCAGAGCACGGGCAGCCGCCCCCGCACGGCGGGCGUCAGCCGCGCCGGGACGGCCGAGCGCAAGGCGGGCGGCGGCAGCGGCGCGGUGUCGCGUGUGGGCACGGGCGAGCGCAGCAGCGCCUACUCGCGCGCGGGGACUGCGGAGCGCACGCGCGGCGUCAGCCGUGCCGGCACCGGCGAGCGCGAGCGCACCAGCGCCAUGAGCCGUGUGGGCACCGGCGACCGCACCUCGGCAGGCACCUACCGAUCCUCCCGCCGCGGCGGUAGCGGCCGCACGCCGGCGGCGGCGCCGUCGCCGGCGCCGUCGCCCUUCGAGGCGGCGUCGGCGGCGAUGGCGGUUGGCGGCGGGUACGGCGGCGGGCUGGACGAGAUGGAGGAUCUGUCGGAGUACGACGACGCCACGGCGGUUGGCCCGGGGCCCGUUAGCGGCGGUCCCAGCCGGCGCGCGUUGACGGGGCUUGGGCCGGAGGAUGGCGGCCGCACCUCGGGCGGCUCCGCGGCGCGCAGCGGGCUGGGCUCGGCGCAGGCCAGCGCGCCGCUGCCGCUCACGGAGCGGCACAGCGGCACCAGCGGCGUGGUGGGGCUGCUGGAGCGGCUGUCGCACGCGGUGCGGAGCAAGGUGCUGGGCGGCAUGCGCUCCGGCGGCGUCAGCCCGCGCGCCUCCAACCCGGGCAUCCUGGCGGGAGACCGUGGUGAGCGCGGGGAGCGCUGGCAUGGCGCGCGUGUCAAGGUAGAUCUGCCGCCGCCGCCGCCUUCGCCCUACGGCGCAGCCACGCCGCACGGCCCCUAUGGCCUGGGCGCACGCCGCAGCACUCCUGGGGCGGAUGGCAGCCGCCGCGUCAGCGCCGGCGGAGCCUCGCCGCACGGCGCGCAGUCCCCGGGUGGUUAUCUGAAUGCCGCCGCCGGCGGCCCCGCCGGCCCCGGCCCCAGCCGCAUGGGCCGCGCGCCCGUGCCAGUGCGUCAGGACAGCUGGGCUAUGCUGGUGCCUAGCACGGACGCGCUGCGGGCGGCGGCUGCGGCGGCGGCGCGGCAGCAGCAGAUCAUGGACGACGCCUACGUGCGGCACCGGCUGCAGGCGUGGCUGCAUGACAGCCAGGUUGCGCUGCGCGCCAACUCCCUGACCUCGGCGAAGCCGUCGCCCUUCGCGGCGCCGGGUACGGGGCCGAGUGGGACGGGCGGUGGCGGAUGCGGAGGCGGCGGGGGCACGGGCGCCUUCUCGCAACAGAACUCACUGCAACGGCGAGCGAGUGAGGCGGCGUCAUCGUCGUUGCUGCACACGAUUGCGGAAACUGCAGCCGGGGCGCAGGGUGGAGAUGACGCGGGGGCGGCAGCUGCAGCGCCAGGGUCGUCUGUGGGCGGACAUGCGGCUUCUUGCGGCGGCGGCGCGUCGGUGGCGGCGGCGAUGUCGCGGGUGGUGUCACGCGGGAGAGAUGCCAGCAGCAGCAACAUCCUUCCAACGUUGCCGUCCAUGCAGCGGCGGCUGACGCGUGAGGCCUCUGCUAAUGCAGCGGGCAGCCAUGCAGCGGCAGCAGCUGGAGCAGCGGCAGGGCUAGCGGACCCGGGCAGUGGGUACGGCCACGACGCGGGUGCCGGUUGCGAGGACAGCGGCCCGGACCCCGUCACCGAGCAGCUGAGGUUUAGCGAGGGCACUCGGCAGCGCCGGUUGCUGCUGCGGGCCAUCUCACGGGACAGGCACUUGCCGGGCCCGGGGCAGCUGGUGGCGGCAGGCAGCCUGCCGCGCACCGGCAGCCGCGGAGCUGCCGCCGGCGCCGCGGCGGCAGAAGCCGCGGCUGCUGCUGCUGCUGCUGGGCAGGCCGGCGUGGAGGCCACGAGUCUUGCAGGCGGGGACUCCUUUGCUACCGGGCCUGCCAUCGCCAGCGGCGGCGGUGCGGACGCUGCUGCCUCAGCGAAUGCGAGUCGUGCGCUGCUGCAGCGGCCGCCCCUCGGCCUCGGCAUGGCCGGGACGUCUGCGGCUGACGAGGCCAAUGCCGCGCUGACGCAGCACUUGCGCCGCAGCUUCCAGCGGCGGCACUCGAUGCCCUCGCAGGACCCAGACACGCUUGAGAACGUGCGGGUGAUGCUCGGCGUGGGCGCUCUGCUCAACGGCAGCCCCGUGGACGGCGGCAGCGGCUUCGGUAUUUCCGCAGCCGGCGGCGGCGGCUCAGGCAAAGCCCUGCAGCCCUCCGUGACCGUGGCCGGGGCUGCAGGUCGGGGCUAUGUGCUAGCCGGCAGCAGCUUUGCCAUGCGCGCAGAUGGUGGCGGCGCCGCCCGUGGUGGUGGCCACCCGGCUGCGGCCGAUUACGCUACGGAGCCGCUGCUGGUGCUCAAGGCGGCGGUGGCGAGGCUGGAGAGCCUGGGGCUGGUGGCGGGGGCGGGCCGCGGCAGCGGCGCGCAGCGCUCCAGGGCAGGGCGGGGCGGGGGCCACGUGCACAGCCGGCUGGGCGAGGCGCCGCUCGAAGACGGCGAGCGCAUCCUGUCGGGGGGGACCGGGCACCCGCACAACGGCCGCACAGUCUCCGGGCGAACGGACAACGACCGCACAGUCUCCGGGCGGACCGACAACGACCGGACGCUCUCCGGGCGGACCGACAACGGGCGGACGGUGUCGGGGCGCACGGGCGAUGGCAUGUCGGGUGGCGAGGAGCCGGUGCGCUACAGCCUAGAGUCAGCGGCCGGGACGAGCAGUAUCGAGGGGCUAGGGCGAGGUGGCGCCCAGUACUCAGGCAGCGGCCUAGCGGACGGCCGUACCAGCGACAGCACACGCGGCGACAGCUUGGAUGCAGCCUCCGCGCAUGCCAGCGGAAGCGGCGCAGCGGGCGCACCGGAACCGACGCCGCGCUCGCCGCGCUUCUGGAGCGAGCUGGGCGGGGGGCCGGCCGCCGGCCGCCAUGCCUCUGGGGAAGUGGAGACCUCCGUGUCGGGCGGGGGCGCCGGUGCGGGUGUGGGGGUGGUGGCGGACAGGCUCCUGUCACGCAGCCGCAGCGGCCGGCGGCGCAGCCUGCUGCGGCGCCAUUCGCACAGCGGGUCGGACUACAGCCCUAGCCGCGGGGCGUCGCCGUCGCGCAUGGGCCCCAGCCGGCGCGUCACCGCUGGUACUUCGUCGUCGGCCAAGCCAUCCUCAUCAGCGCAGCUGCGGAUGCCGUUGGCGCCGGCACCGGCGUCCGGCGCAGUGGGUGCCAUGUCGGCGACAGAGGCGUUGCGUGACCAGCAGUUCGUUUCAGACCGCGUGCCCGAGAUUCAGCCGGCGUACGGGAAUGGCGGCGCCGGCGUCAGGCAAAGCAGCGCCGGCGGAAUCGGGCCGGGGGUAACGGACGCAGCGGCGGUGGCAGACGCGGCCGAGCACAGGCGGCAAGCGCUGGCGCUGCAUCACGUGUUCGGCGAGCAAAGCGGCAACUUCUUCCGGCGCUCCCGGACCCUGCCCGACAACCCCGACGAUGCCGGCGUCAUGGCGGCGGUCGCGGCUGCGGCAGCCGCGGAGCUGCACCUGGGCCAUGGGACGGCGCCGGCAGGCCGCGGUCGCAGUGGGGCGGGCGGAGUCGACGAAGGCGAUGGCCCUCGUGUCAGUGGCCAAGAUGCUCCCGGACCGCCGCGACCGCCGCCGCUGGUGCCUCCUCCGCCUCUGGUCAUCCCCGUGCCGGCGGGCGCCACGCCUGCCCAUCGGCACAACCCCGCCCACGCGCAGGGGCACGCCACGUCGGUGCUAACCGGUGGGACGCGCGGCACGCCGGCCUCGAACGUCGGCACGGCCGGCUCGCGCGUCUCGGGCCCGCCCAGCCUCGCGCCCUCUUCGGCCUCCAGCUUCGGCGCGGGGCAGGGUGUCCUGUUGCGCGGCGGCAGCUCGCUGCGCCGCCAGGCGGCCGCCGCCGCUGCCGUCACCGCAGCCCACCGCCCCCAUGGCGAUGAAGGCGAGCGCGCUGCAGCGUAUGCUACAGCCGCAGCCGCAGCGGCGGAGGCUGCGGCCACGCCCGGCUCCGGCGCCAGCUCGCACGGCGCCCGCACGCCCAGCACGGCAGCGCUGCACGACCUGGCCGCAGCCUUGAACCGCUUCCAUGGCCAGCAGCCCUGGGCGGCGGAGGCGACGGUUGAGGAGGAGCAUCCAGCCGGCGCCGCGUCAGCCUCUGGGCCCGCCGGCACAACGUUGCCGGGCGUCGCACAGCCGCACCGCGGCGCCGCCAGCGUAGCUGGCGAAGCCGUCACCACUAUCAACCCGUUCUUUGAAGCUGGGCCGGAGCUGGAGCCUGAGAGGCUGACCGGUGUUGAGGAGCGCGACUUUUUCGGCGGUGACCUCUUCCCUGUGGCGCUCUUCGGCAACCCGCUGGCGCGCGUGUCGGCGGGCAGCAGCCGGACAAGCCACACCAGUCGCCAGCUGCCGAUGCUUUCCAUGCUGCUGCCUGCUGAAGCGGCUGUCGCUGCGGCAGGAGGUGGUGCAGAAGGGCAAGGCGGAGGCAGCCGGACCGCAAGCGUGCAGUCCAUACCGCCCGCGUCCCAGCUGGCGGCGGCGGCCGCAGUGGCGGGCCAGCUGGCGGCGCUGCGGCAGGCGCAGGAGGGUGGUGGCAGCGGCGUCGUCGGCGUCGACAGCACCGGCUUUUAUAGCAAGUCGCCCUCGGGCCGUUCCGCUGCCACUGCUGCCACUGACCCCACACCGCUGCCCAGCGACCAGCUACUGCUUAUGCUGGAGGCCGAAGUGGCAGCUGCGGCAUUGAACGCGGCAUCCGGUGGUGUCGCUGGCAACGGCGGCAGGACCGCUGCAGCGGUCGCGGCAGUGCUUGCGGGCGGCGGUGGCCCAUCGCGAGAUGGGGCCACAAUCAAUGGCGCUGCAGCUCGCGGCCAUUCGGCAGGUGGCGCCGGUGCAGCAGCAGGGCACGAAGCACAACAGGGCAGCGGCUCCGGAAUGGCACCAGCCUCGCAGCUCUCCCCCUCUGCGCUAGCGCCGUCUCCAUUCGCCAAGAGCCUAUCCGGCAGGAGCCCCGAAACUGGGCCGCCGGCCUGGGAGGCGCCUGCGCCACGGGGCGGCGCCGCGGAAGGCGCAGGCACUGGCGCGGGGGCAGCGCCCACCAACGGCCACGAAGCCACAGCCGCGCCGCCCGCGGAGAAGUUGCGGGCCAUGGCACUCAUGGCAGCGGCUGCUACCGCUCUAGCGGCGCGCCGAGGAGCCGCAGACUCAGCGGAGUCGCCGCUGCGGGCUCGCGGUGGCAAGCCGCCGGUGCCUGGGCUGCCGCCCACGGCCUCGCUGUCGGUGCGGGUGGAGGGAAUGUUGCGUGCAGAGCUGGAGGCGCCCUCGGGGCUCGCUCCCGCCUCGCCAUCAGUUGCUUCCUUGCCCGGCGAGCAGCAGCACAACCAGCAGGCAAGACACUUCGUGCGCCAGCCUUCGCCAUCGCAACCGAGCGGCCCUGUGGCUGAGGCCACCGAGGUUGCAUUGGCUUCGGUGCUGCCGCGGCAGCCGGGUAGUGGCAGCAGUGGUCAUGGCCAGCGGAGCGUCGGCGCCACCGCCGCCGGGGUCGGCGCCAUUGAUGGUGUGGACGGGGAGACCUUGGAUGUGAACAUUGUAACUGCGGGGGCGGUGCAGCUGGCACCGGCGCCUCCCGGCACGGAAGGAGCAACCGCAAGCGACAGCGGCACGUGCGCAAGGGCGCUGGGCACAGCUCGCAUCAGCAUGCGAGGGAGCGCGCUCUUGAGUGCAAGCGCGAGCGCUCAUGGCGGCGGCAGCUUGCAUAGCCCUGCCUACUCGACGGGGGUGCCGCCGCACGGGUCGCUGGCCAGCAGCGUGAGCAGCUUCGGCACCGUGCUGCUGCCCAUGCCGCCGGCCGCCACACAGCAUGCCGGCAUUGGCGCGGGCGGAGCGCAGGACGGUGCCGCUAGCAGCCUAGGCAUUGCUAGUGCGUCGGCGUCCCAUGAAACUGGCGGUCCGCUGGCCAGCGGGACCCAUGCCGGCGUAAACACAACUGCUGAGCUGCGCGGCCCAGCAGCAGCGGGCGUUCCUGUCUCCGGCGCUGGUCCUACUGCAGCACCCGCUGCUGGCGGCGGCGCUAGGGGCUGGGCCGAGCGUGUGGCGCGCCUGCCGCUGCCGCAUGGCCCUGCCACUGGAGAAGGAGGCGCUGCCGCUGGCGGCGCCUCCGCCCGCAGCGCGGCCGUGCAGCACCUGCUUCGCGGCCUGCUGGUGUCCGCACUGCGCCGCAGGACCGAGGCCGCAGGGGCAGAGCCGCCGGCACAAGUGCAGCAACCGCAGGAGGGCCCGGGGCCCGCGGCUGCACGGCGGGGUGGCGCGCCGGGCCCGGUCUGCGAGAGCCGUGUCGACGACGAGUCAGACAGCCUUCCCGGCGGCGGCUCGCCAGCACCGCACCUCUCCCGCACUUCUGUGCCCGGGUCCGUCGCCGCGCCGGCGACCCUUGACUCGCCCGGGCUCGCCAGCGGCGGCUCGCCCAUCGCCACGCCCUUCACCCGCCUGAGCGGCUUCAACACCGACCUCACCAUCACGCCGCCCGCCCACUCCGUCACCGCGGUGCCGGGCCCGGGCGCCGCAGCUAUGCAGGCAAGUGCCGCCAUGGGCUCCGCCCCGGGCUUCGGCUCGACGGCCAAGGACCGUUCAGCAGGAGCGGCGGCCGGCGGCGGCGGCUUUGCUGAGCACGCCGUCCACAGCAGCGGCGGCAGCAUCUACGGCAGCGGCGGCAUCACCGGCAGCAGCAGUGCAGCCGCCGCCGCCGCCGCCGCCACCGGACCCCGGCGCGGCUUCCUGCCGCCUCGGCUCCAGGUCCUGGACGGCCACGGCGGACACCGACAGGGCCCGGGCUCCGCACACGAUGCGCCGCGCUCGCCACGCGGCGGCUCCCCGCUGGGGCCGCUGGCAAACACCGGCGCCGCGAGCGCGGGGCCGCUUCCCGGCGGUGGCGCUCCUGCAGCGUACAGCUCGUACGGCAACAGCGGCUACGGCAACAACAGCAUGUACGGCACAAAUAACAGCGGCUACAGCGGCUACGGAGGUUUGGGCAGCGGCCAGGGCACGGGCACGACCAGCACCCCGCGCGUCAGCGCACCGGGCAACACCGGUGGCGCCGGCGGUGGCGGCGGCCCCGGCCGCCGCGGCAACGCACCCCCGGGCGCUGGCAGCCGCCGUCCGCCACCGCUUCGCACCGUCAGCAGCCGCCGCCGGACCGACCGGGACCACUACACCAGCCAUGGCAGCCGCACGCUGAGCCCGGGCCGGCGUACUGCUGCCGUGGCCACCGACACGUGGACGCCCAGGGACGUGGCGCGCGCACGUGCCGCCGGCGGGCCGCGCGACGCGGCGGAGAUGGAGGCAGCUCUUUAUGCGCCCAUGCAACUGGCCGUGGGGCGUGACCCCAUCCUCAGCGCCACUCGCCAGCGGGUGCCCAUGGCCCCAGCCUCGCGCCAGGUCUCCCGCCAAAACACCCGCCGCCGCCGCGGCAGCGCCGCACAGCUUAACGCCAACUCGGUGGGCCAGGCUCGCGGCGAUUCGUCGUACGGCGUGCUCACCAGCCCCACCGCUGCCGCUGCCGCCGCGCACGCUGCCGGCGGUGGCAUCGUCGGCGGCGCGUCACGGUCCACCAGCUUCGUGAUGGUGGCCGCGGCCGCGGCCGCACGGCUUCUUAGCGGCGGCCGCAUCAGCACACCUGGGAGCAGCAGCCGCCGCGGCAGCACUGCCGGCACCGGCGCGCCCACGUCGCCCCUCCGCCGCGGCGCUCUCGGCAUGCCUGGUGUCGCGGCCCCGCCGCUGCCGCUGAGCGCGCCGCAGUUGCCGGACCUGCUAGCGCUAGGUGGCGGCGGCAGCGCCGCUGCCAUCGGAAGCGCCAGCGGCCGUGGUGGCGGCGGCGGCGGCGGCGGCUCAGCUGGCGCACCCGCCGCCGACAGCCCCGCCGCCACCGACCACAGCGAUCUGGACAUCACAGGCGCCAUGCGGUCCCACGCCGAGGACUCGAGCAUUGCGCGCCGCCGCCUUGUCGCACGCGUCAGCACCGGCCCCGAGCCGUCCGGCGCCAAGGACGCCGCCGCCGCCGCCUCCGCGCCGCCGCCGCUGCCGCCGCUGCCGCCCUACCUUGGCAGCAGCGGCAGCCCGCAGCACGAGCCGCGGCUGGUGGACCCCAGCAACCCCGGCCGCGGCCGCGGCCACGACGACGAUGACGACGAGCUGGGCGACGGCUUGGGCGGCGGGUUGACAGACGUGGAGGACGCGGCGGGCGCGCUGCUGAGCGUGCGCCUCCACCCGAGCCACCACCACCACCAGCACCACCACGACGAUGGCGGGCUGGACGAGGAUGAUGACGUGGCGCUGGCGGACGAGGAGCGGGACCAGAUGGGCGAGUACGGCAAGCACGGCGGCGGCGACGGCGUGGGCGGCGGCGACGAGGAGGAGGGGUACGACGACGCGGUCGACGGCGGCGAGUACGGCAGCGACCUGUUCGACGACCAGGAGGACGAGGCGCCGUACCUGCGGUACUCGGCAUUCUUCGCGCUGCGGCCCUACCACCCGCUGCGCAUCGCGGCGGCGGUGCUCAUCAACCACCGGUGGUUCGACAACGUCAUGCUGGUGGUCAUCCUGGCCUCCUCCGCCACCCUCGCCAUCGACACGCCCCGUCUGGACAAGAGCUCACCAUUGGGGCACGCCGUCGCAAUACUGGACAUCAUAUUCACGUCCAUCUUCACGCUGGAGAUGUGCAUCAAGCUGGUGGCCAAGGGCGUGGUGCUGCACCCGCACGCCUACCUGCGCAACGGCUGGGACGUGCUGGACGGGUUCAUCGUGCUCACCUCCCUGCUCAGCGUGGGCAUCAGCGGCGCCGGCGCAGGCGCGCUCAAGGCGGUGCGGUUGGUGCGCGCGCUGCGGCCGCUGCGGCUGGUGAAGAGGUGGCGCGGCAUGCGGCUAGUUGUGGAGACGCUGAUCCGGUCGCUGCCGACGCUGGCGGAGGUGGUGGCGUUCGGUGCGUUCAUGUUCGCCAUCUUCGGCAUCCUGGGCGUGCAGCUCUUCGCCGGCCGCUUCAGCAUCUGCAACCAGGUCGUCAUCAACGGCACGCUGGUGUCCAGCCGCAGCGAAUGCGUGGAGGGCGUGGAGUUCACCUGCUCCGAAGACGACGUGUGCGACGACGGCCCCGGCUCCACCGCGGCGCGCUGGUGGGGGCCGCCCAUGCGCAACUUCGACCACCUGGGGCGCGCGCUGCUGACGCUGUUCACGGUGGUGACGCUGGACGGCUUCAUGGAGGUGGCGUGGAGCUGCAUGGACGCGGUGGGGUACGACGAGGUGCCGCAGCUGAACGCGGCGCCCUGGAUGGGGCUGUACGUCAUCGCGUUCGUGUUCCUGGGCUCCUUCUUCUGGGUCAACGUGCUUGUGUCCGUCAUCAUCGACCACUACACGCGCCUGGUGGAGGAGGAGGGAGACCUGCUGGUCACCAAACAGGCCAAGGAGUACAUGAAGAUCUUCAAGUUCGAGCGGGUGGGCAAGGACGUGUGGAAGGGCGGCUGCCCGCCCGACUCCGGCUGGCUGCGCCGCUGCGCCUGGGCGACCGGCUCUCACCGCUGGUUUGACCAGAUGGUGCUGGCCACCAUCUGCAUCAACAUAGCGGCCAUGGCCGCCGUGUACGACGGAAGCAGCCGCGACUACGAUGUGGCGCUGGGCAUGGUGAACGUGGCGUGCACGCUCAUCUUCGCCGUCGAGGCGGCCGUGAAGAUCACGGCGCUGGGCUGGCCCAAGUACUGGCGGGACAACUGGAACAAGCUGGACCUGUUUAUCGUGCUGGUGUCCAUACCCGACAUCGUGGCCACCUUCACCUCCCACAAUGCCGCCACCGGCAUCGUGACAGCCAUGCGACUGCUGCGCGUGUGCCGCAUGUUCAAGCUCAUACGCGGCGCCAAGGGCCUGCGCACGUUGUUCAACACGCUCAUCAGCUCGCUACCCGCCAUCGGCAACGUGGGCUCGCUGCUGCUGCUCAUAAUGUACAUAUACGCCAUCAUCGGCAUCAACAUGUAUGGUGGCUACGGCAGCCCCUUCGACAACCCCGGCUCCAUCGCCGACUACAACGACAUCGGCGCCGCCAUGGCCACCCAGUUCCGGCUGUUCAGCGCCGAUGGCUGGGGCGACCUGAUGGCCCAGGGCAUGGGCUGCAACGGCAACCAGUACCAGUGCGACACGGGCGCGGCGGCGCUGGGCGCGGCGUUCUUCUUCUGCAGCUUCGUGCUGCUGGCCACCUUCAUCAUGCUGAACCUGGUGAUUGCGGUGGUGCUGGACAACUUCAUCGACAACGCGCAACUGGAGGGCUUCCUCAAGACCAGCAACUUCGUAGACCUGCUUCGCAUGGUCAUCACGCUGCGGGUGUUUGUGCGGCUGAUGCGCAUCAAGAUCGACCUGCUACGCAAGGUGGACCGCAGCCGCGCACUGGCCAGCGGCCCCCGCCUGGCCUCCAAGCGCCUCAUGCGCUCGCGCGCCAGCACCCUGGGCGGCCUGUCCGUCGCCACCGGCGGCCUGGGCGGCGGAGCCAGCAGCGGCGGCCUCGCCUCCGCCCCCAUCCACUCGCCCUCCGUCAUGUCCAUGUCGUCGCGUGUGUCCGGCGAGCUGCUGCCGCGCCUGGCCAAGGCCGUGUCGCGCCUGGGCGGCGGCAGCGGCCGGCUGCAGUCCGGCACGCUGUCGGCGCUGCUGGGCCUGGGCUCGCCCGACGCCGGCGGCGGCGCCGGCGGCGCCGCUGGCGCCGCCGCUGGCGCCGCCGGCGCCGGCGCCCAUCCAGUCAGCGGCUCGCAGGGGCAGGUGGCGGGCGCGCAGCGGCGCACCAGCAACGCCUCGUCCAUGCUGUUGUCCACCAUCCAGCCGGUGCUGCCGCGGCGGCAGGACAGCGCGAUGCUGCUGGCGGCGGAGGCCAUCGCGGCGCGCGCCGCCGUGGCGGCGGCUGCGGGCAGCAACGGCGGCGGCAGCGGCACCACCAUGGCCGGCGGUGGCGCGGGCGUCGGCUCCGCCUCCGGCACCACCGGCAACACGUCCUUCGCCGGCACGCUGCCCAGCGGAGGCAGGCGGCGGAUGACGGCAGACGAUGCGCUGUUGUUGGCGGCGCCAGGCACGCCGCGCGUGGGCGGCGACGGUUCGCUGCGGGGCGGCAUGGCGGGCAGCGCGGGUGCGCAGAGCGGCGCCAACAGCGACGGCGAGGGUGCGCGCAGCAUCGCGUCUAGCGGCGGCCGCAGCCACCGCUCCGGCGGCAGCGGCGGCUUCCUGGGACUGCGGGACCUGCGGGAGGCGGUGUUGCGCCGCCGCCGCCGCAAGUCGCUGCUGGGAAUGCACCCGGCGUACACCGCCGCCGUGGUGUCGGCCUCGGCGGCGGCGGGCGCGUCCGGCGGCACGUCGCCGCACGCGCACCGGCAGCACCGCCGCGGCGCCGCCGCCAGCGGCAGCGCCGCCCACAGCCCUAGCGGCGGCGGCAGCGCAGCCGAGCCCAGCAUGAGUAACGCCGAGUCCGGCGGCACGCACACUGACGGUGCCGUUAGCAGCGCCGGUGGCGCCGGGCCUAGCAGUGGCGACCGGUCCAGCCAUGGCCGUGGCCGCGGCGGCCGCAGCCGCGGUGGCGGCCACAGCCGCCGUGCGCUGCCGUACUCGGGCCUCAUCCUGGCCACGACGCCGGGGAAUGCCUCAGGCGCUGCCAGCGUGCACAGCGGCGGCGGCGGUGGCGGUGGCGGCGGCAGCGCAUCCUCGCUGACGUUGCUGCCGGCGCCCCGGAUGGGAGGUGACGGCAGCAGCCGCCCCGGCUCGCCGCUGAUGCUGACGACAGGGCCCGGGCGGCGGCGCAGCCUGGCCGGAGCAGCGGAGGGCUACGGCAUGGGCAGCCCAUUGGCGCGGGCCCAUGGCGCGGGCAGUGGCGGCUUUCCAGCCGCCGGCGAGCGGACGUCGUCGCCGUCGCUGACACCACGCUCGUCGCUGCCGCCGCAGGCGGUGCGGCCUUACGGCACAGGGUCAGCCGACGGCGCGGCGCCGGCCUCCGCGUCCAGCCCCGCGGCCGCCACCACGCCGACCCGCGCCAGCGCGAGCGGCAGCCAGGUGGACGCGGUGCUCCCGGCAGCUGCCUUCGGUAGCGUCUUCCCGCCCGGCGGCGGCGGCGAGUCGGCUGGCGGCGUGUCAGGUGGCGGCGGCUCCGCCAGUGGCGCGGUGGGCGGCACAGGUAACCAGCGAGGCGCCAGCGGCAAUGGUGGCGGCGGCGGCUCAAACCGCGGCGCCGCGGGCCGCCACCUGGCAGCGCUGCUCUCCGGCUCCGGCGCCCACGGUGCAGGCGGCGCCAGCACCGGCAGCGCCGGCGGCGGCUCCCAUCAGUUGCCCAGCCGUCUGAGCUCCAUGUCGGGCGCAGGGGCGGCGUUUAGCUAUGCUGGGGCAGCCACCACUGGCAGCACUGCACCGGAGGCUGGCGCGGAGCGGGAUGGGGAACAGCGGGGCCGAUCGCAGCACGCGUCCUCGCCCCUGCCGCCGCGCUCCCCGGCGCCAGCGACGCCCCGCUAGCGUGGGCUGCUGAUACUGCCAUGCCGGCUGGCCAGCCGAGCGGCUAGUCAUGCAGUCAGUUGGGCGAGGCAACGCGAGUGUGGCAGUUGCGUGUGAGAUUUGUCCGGGAGAUGAGGUAGACGCUUGCGGCCUCAGACGGGAGACGUGGCGUGGGCGUACCCCACUUUUUCCUUGCGAGGGAAAACCACUUUUUUCUUGUCGUGUUAUCGGAGAUGCAAUGAGUCAAGGCCCGUGCUGAGCGCGGCUGUGUGGUCGUGCUUUUUAGCCGGAGAUGAAAUGAGUCAAGGCCCUGUUGGGCGCCGUUGUGUGGUUGUGCGGUAUUGGGGUCUCCGAGUCAGUGAUGGGCUGUGUGCUGCUGGGCCUGUCGGGACUGGUCGCUGCAUGUUCGGUGUGCAUGUAGUGCGAGGACCGUGCCGAUAGUGCCGCACUGCAGUUCUCGCAAUCAUGCACGGGGCUUGCGUCCACCAGCAUUGAGACGUGCGUGCGUUGUGUGCAUGUGUGUGUGUGUGUGUGUGUGUGUGUGUGUGUGUAUGUAUGCUGCGUGGUCGGGGUAUAUGUCCUUCUAAACGGUCUACGCUGCGAGCGAGAUGCGUGCGUGCCUCGCGUGGGCACAUUGCUUCGAGUGAAGAGCCGCCAGGGGAGUGCUGAAGACGCAGAGAGAGGUUUCGGCCGUGAGUUAUUUAUGUGGGUUACGAGGUUGGUGUACCUUGAUGGUGACCUUACGUGGGUGCAGAUUGAAUUGCAGGUGGUAUCACACCCACGUGCAUGCAUGAAGUGCAGGUGAUCGCCUUGUGUGAUUCGGACCGAGCCGGGUGUGUCCUCCAGGCUCGUCACAGGUUAUAAUCCCUGGGCUCGAUGGCCUAGACAGUUGCAAUGGAAGCCGGCUUGCCGGUAGCGCAAGCGACGGGCAGGUGGGUAGCGACAGGGUACAUCGGAUUCUGUGGUGUGAGAGCCGCGUCACCCCGAUUAGCGCACGAGCCUGCGUGCUGUGCCGCAGUAGGGUGCAUAGGACAGCAGCAGGUGCUCGCGCGAUGCGGUAGCGAGGCCGUGUGUCGGCUCUGGUCGUAGGUAGGCAUUUGCACAGUGGCAGUCUAAUGCGAUGUGCUCAAGAUGUGCAUUUCAAUGUUCAUUUCUGGAGGAACGAGACGGUUGGUGGUGUGGGCUCAGCCCACCUUGUCCAUAUGUAAUGGCCUAUUGAGGCCGACUGCACACGUGGCAUGGGAGCGCCAACCGAGUGAAUUGCAACACUCUGCAGUUCUGGCAUGGCAUACCAGGUCGGUGGGAAUGAUGAGUGGCAUCACUGUCGAGUUGUCAGUCGGGGGCAGGCCGGGGGAACGGUUACCUGCAUCUAUUGCUUUUCGGAUUCCCCCCGGUGGCAUGUAAGCACGGAGUGUCUAUGUAAACAAUGGACCGC